AUGAGUUUUUUAAAAACCUUUCAUACAAGACAAGACACCGAGUGUCCUUUAGUGAGAUCACCAGCAGAUUUAAAGAACAAUGUUCUACCGACAGAAGAAGAUGUUUUGAGGUGCUUCUUAUGGAAAGCGUCAAUCCCGAUAGUAACACACAAACGCGUUUUGCAACUCGUUAAAAUUCAACAUGAUAGAUACUCAAAGCUUUUGUGGUACCCAAAGGUUAAAAGAAAUGAAAACUAUGUUUUAAAAGUUAAAAGUUAUAAAGCUGAAAAUAAAAAACUUUUCGACAUUAGUGCCUGCAAAUGCAAAAAUCUUGAAGAAUGUCGCUGUAGCAAAGAAAAAAAGGUACCUAUAAAUGAGCGUCCCUUUCUCAUAGAUCAGCGAAGUUCCAGAAAAAUGGUUAUGACAGGUGUUGAUGCAAAAGAAACAACCAAAUUAAUAAACAAAACUAGACGUUUGGAGAAAAUGCAACAAAGAAAAGAAUUAUACAAAAAGGUUUGCUCUGAAAAUGAUACAAAAGUGACGCUAGACAUUAAGCCAAACAUUUUUUCGAAACGAACAACUAAUAUACCAGUUUCCUCUAGUCAUUAUUUAGAUACAACUUAUGAACAAACGUCUACUUCAAAAGAAUUAGCAAUUCCCAGAAAUACAAUUAAACUUCCUACUCUCGCUAAAGUGUGUGACAGAUACGGAUUAUCGGAUAGAUCUGCAGCAGCAGUAGCUACAGCUGUCUUACAGGAUGUUGGUAUCGUAACAAAAGAAAGUUCAGUGCAAAUAAUAGAUAAAAAUAAGUUAAGAAGAGCCAGAGAACAUUUAAGAACUAAAAUUAUUAAUUUGGUAGACUGUGAACCUAUUACUGCAUUGUAUUUUGAUGGUAGAAAAGACAAAACAUUAUCUCUUGAAAAAAUAGAUGGCAAAUCUCGCAGAAGAACAGUAACUGAAGAACACAUAUCUUUAGUGCAAGAACCAGGUUCGGUGUAUCUGGGACAUACAAUACCCUCCUCAGGAUCUGCAAAAAAUCUUUGUCAAAGUAUAGUCGACUUUUUACAAGAAAAUAAUCAUGAUUUGUCAAGCUUAUUAGCAGUGGGGUCUGACGGCACAGUAGUCAACACAGGACUAAAGAAUGGAGUGAUUACUCUACUUGAAUAUAAGUUAGGACGCCCUUUACAACGAUUUAUCUGCCAGCUGCAUGCCAACGAGCUACCUUUGAGACAUCUUUUUCUACACCUUGAUGGCCAAACAACCGGUCCUAGUGCGUUUGUAGGUGUACUGGGCCAGCUUGUAGCCCGAUGUGAAAAUUUGCCAGUUGUGCAAUAUGAAGUUAUUGGCUGUAAAUUACCGAAAGUACAGUGUAGCGACUUAAGUACCGAUCAGAAAUACCUUUACAAAAUUUGCCGUGCCAUAUCCACUGGUCAAUGUUCUGUAGAUUUAGCAAACCAGAAUCCAGGAAAAUUGAGCCAUUCCCGAUGGCUUACUUUGGCAAACCGCUUAUUACGUUUGUAUAUUUCCACCAAAGAACCCAGUUCCAAUUUGAAAGAACUGACAAAUUUCAUUCUUAAAGUCUAUGCUCCAAUGUGGUUUUUAAUUAAAAACAACUCUUGUACAAAUGGGGCAAAGCAUGUAUGGCAAACCAUUAAGCAAAGUCUAUAUUUAAGAGACGAUCUGAAAGCAAUCAUUGACCCAGUUAUCCAACGAAAUUCAUUUUUUGCACAUCCGGAAAACCUACUAUUAUGUAUGUUAAGUGACUCUCGUCCCCAUAUUAGAGAACUUGCUAUGCGUCGUAUUUUAAAUGCCAAGAAAAGGGAAAGUUCAGAAAAAAAUCGUGUUUUUAAAAUACCAGAAAUGAAGUUUGAUGCAGAUGACUAUACUACAUUAAUAGACUGGCAAAAUAAUGAUAUCACUCCUCCUCCACUACUUCAACAUUUAGAAUUAGGCGAACUAGAAAAUAUAAUAAAAGAAACCCCAAAUAAAGUCAUUCAGAUUACAUCUUACCCCUGUCACACGCAAGCUGUGGAGAGAUGUGUAAAAUUAGUGACGGAAGCAUCGUUAUCAGUUGUAGGUAGUAAAAAGCGAGAUGGAUUUAUAAAAGCAAGAUUAGAUUCUCGUAAAUUAAUGCCACAAUUUGAAAGCAAAAAGGACUUUACACAAUAA